GAUGAAACCAAAACAGAAACUAAAAACCAAACAGAAAUAACUAUCCUUCAAGAGGUAUAAAAAGGAGUGUCAGACUUAACCUUGACACUUAUUUGGGACUUCAUCAAAUUCUUGACACAUCUUAUCACUGGAAGACUUGAGUUGAAACAAACUGAAGAAUAAUUUGAGGAGAAAGGCAUGGGGUUGUUUAAAUCCAAACCUAGCCCUCCACCUCCACCUCCAUCACCAGCUUUUAGCAACGAAUGGAGACACACACCUUGGGGUCAGAAAGAGGAAAUGCUGCAGAAACUGAAAGACUAUGUGCCUGGAAACCCUCAGGUGAAGACUAUCAGAAUCCUCCUCCAUGGACCAGCUGGAGCGGGCAAGUCCAGCUUCAUCAACUCCAUCAACAAUAUCUUUCAGGACAAAUGUAUGAACAUUGCCUUAGCUGAUAAUUGCUCUGCAGGUGCAAGCUUCACAAGAAAGUAUGAAACCCACAAAAUUGUGAAAGAAAAACCUGGAACCUACUACCCCUUCCUCUUCUAUGAUGUCAUGGGGCUGGAGAAUGGUAUUAACAAAGGAGUUUAUGAUGCGGACAUUGUCAAGGCCCUGAAGGGGCAUGUAAAAGAGGGUUACAUGUUUAAUCCUGUAUCACCUUUAGAAGAGGAGAAUGAGUACUAUGUCAAGGCCCCCACUCCAUCUGACACAGUUCACUGCCUAGUUAGUGCAAUACCAGCUGAUAAACUACCUAUGAUGAAUGCCAACAAGAAUGACGAGGCGAAUGAUAUCUUCAAGAAGAUGAGAGCCAUCAGACUAGUUGCAAGUAACAUAGGGAUUCCCCAAAUGGUUAUUCUCACCAAAGUGGAUUUAGCCUGUCCAUUGGUGAGGGAAGACCUGAAAAAGGUCUAUUGGAGCAAGUAUAUAAAGAAGAAGAUGGAGCAGUGUAGUAAUGAACUGGGGGUACCAGUGAACUGCAUCCUGCCUGUGAAGAACUACCACGAGGAAAUCGACUUGGAUGAUGACAUGGAUGUGCUGCUAUUGAGAGCACUGAGGCAGAUGGUGGACUUUGCAGAGGGCUUCAAGCUAUCACAAGCUGACUGAUGGAUGUACAGUACUCGAUCUACAGCGUGUCACUGUAUAAUACCUCCAUCUAAAGAAGCCCUGUUCACACCUGGUAUUUACACCUGACUUUUGUGAUCCAAUCACCAUGAUCAGAUUACUCUCCAACUAUGGUCCAGUGCGUCCACAAAAGGGUUGGCAUCAUUUCUGAUUUCUAACUGAAAAUACAUUUAGAAUUUCAUUCAAAUCUUGAGUUUGAAUUAUAAUUGUCUGUACUGUAUAAUCAACUGCUUCCCAAUCUGCUUAUCUAUGUCCCUCUACUCUGGGAAUGGUCUGUGAAAGUCUGUUAGUGUUGGUAGGACAUUCAUUCAACAAUAGUUUCAGUCCUCCUUUACCUAUCAUAAGGUUCAAAGUGAACUUGUUACUGUAUGAAAUGGCGGAGUAGCUAUGUCUAUGCUCAUAUUUUAUAAAGUGAGUGUCAUAAUUGUUGAAGUUGCUGUUGCAGUCCUGGAUAAUUUACUGUACAUUUACAGACUAUAGAUUAAGAUCCGUUUAUUGGUCAAAUGCACACAAGGUCCAACCGAAAUGUUACUUCAGCUUUUAACCCAACCCCUACGAAAGACACACAUACAUACAUACACAUACAGGUUUUGGAGAGGUGCAGGGGGCUGCCACACUGGGUGCCCUGGGACCUGUUGUUGUGGGGUGACUUGCUCAAGGGCACAACAGCAGGCAAUGGCAUCUGGGAUUUUGUACCAGCAACCCUCCGGUUGCCAGCUCACUUCCCCACAGAAUUUACCCAUCGGAUCCGGGAUUUGAACUGGCAACCCUCUGGUUGCUGGCUCGCCACUAACCUGACAUUGUUGAAAAUUAGCAUUCCAGUGGUAUGAGUCCUAUAUAUGUAUUUCAUAAAUUAAGUGUCAACUAACUCUAUCGGAAAUAUGGUACUGUGCAAUGUCAACACACCUCUGAGGACACAGAAACAGACCAGUUUGAAAUAGUGUCUCUAGAAAUUGUUUUCAAAUAAUGAUUUAAACUAAGUGAAUAAACUAAGACAACAUGCUCAUGUGGAACACCAACAUGGGAUUGAUUGUUUGGUAUUGUUUGUUCAAGUCUACUUUCAAAAAGGACAUAACCUGUUCUUACUAAUCAGUUUUCCCUACCAGCUUCAGGCAUGACAAUAGUGAAAGUAAAAGUUAGAGGCCCCUCUUACAUCAGUGAAGUCUAGCCACCGCAUCAAGGUCACUGUUGUUAGGCAAGCAUUUACUGGUUAAUCUAGUGCCAUUGUAGUCAUAUAUUUCAGAGAAUACACUGUAUCAGGUAUGCUCCGAUAGCAUCAUUUAUGGUUUUCUUAAUCUGUUUAUGUCACGAUUUCUACCGAAGGUAACUCCUCUCCCUGUUCGGGCGGCGCUCAGCGGUCGGCGUCGCCGGUUUACUAGCCCCCACCGAUACCUUUUUCCUUUUCGGUUUGUUUUGUCUGUGAUUCUUUUCACGCCUGGUUUAAUUUACGUUUAUUUCUGUGUAUAUAUAGGGUACCUGUUGCCUGCCUUAGUUCGUGCGGGAUUAGAUUUGUGUGUAUUGUGCUCGAUUAUAUUUGAUGUUUUCACUAUUACGCACGUGUAUGUAAAGUGUCGGAACUGUGUUUGUUCCUCCGUGCGUUUGCACGAGUUUGAGUAUUCGAGAGCUUCGUUUGGAUUUUCGUCUGUGCCAUUUUUGUAUUGGUGGACUAUAUUAUUAAACACGCUUCUCAGACAUCCCUGCUCUCCUGCGCCUGACUCCUACACCUCUCACCGAGACGCACGUUACCACAGUUUAUUCCACGUUUCAGUCUAUUGACCUUAAUCAGGAUGUAUCUUUAAAAAAAAUCUAUAAUGUUACUAGCUUGAUCACAUGUUCAUGGGAACAGGUUAGAGAUGUCUAUCUAAGGAGUGUGAGUUCUGAAGAAGUCAUGUGAUUUACUACAAGAGCACAGUGCAAUUAGG